GUUUCACGUGACCGCUUCCGUCACCGUCGCCUCGUGAGCGCAAAACCGAGGCGCGCGCGUGCGCUGGGAGGCCGCGGCCGCCGACGUUCGGCGGCGGAGGGAUGACGUUGCUCUCUUGGGCCGUAAGAGGCUGAGGAGGCCCUUCUUCGAGCUGCUCGGCGGCGUCAACCGCCGCUUUUAGUUCCUUUGACAGGCCGAACCGGGCCGACUGCCCCUGCUGCUGCCGGCGGUGGGUAAACGGGGGCCUUUUGGCUUCUCAGUCCCGGUCCUUGGAGGGACUGAGAGAUGAGCUCGGCGUGAGGUGAGUGUGUGUCUGCUCCGUCCCUCUCGAGCCAUGGCUGCGACGAGCUGGCAAGAGGCUGUGGCCCAGCAGGCCGAGGAGGUGUCGGCUCGGCUGAGGGAAGUGUUGUCUGCCGGCGUGAACCUACUACGCACCGAGCUGGGCCUAGAGUUGCCCGCCGGCCUGGAGCCGCAGCGCCUCCCCACCUGGUUGCUGCUCGCCUCCACGUCGGUUCUCGCGCUGCUGGUCUUGCUGGGGCUCCUGUGGGCCGUGGCCUUCGCCCGAGGAGGAGGAGGGUAUGCUGGCAGAACGCGCUCCAGAAGAACAUCCAAGGUGGGAGACGAGGACGAAGAAGAAGAGGAGGACGAAGAAGAAGAAACGGCGGCGGCGACCACGACGACCCUGGGCCUGACGAGAUGCACUGGCGGCCCCAACAAGGGGGUUCCUGGUGCGCCCUCGAUUCUCAAGGGGCAAGAGCAGAAGAGGGCGAGUAAGAAGAAACUACUCGAGAAAACGGACAAGCUUAAUGGUCAGCCUGCUCAUGAAGUGUCUGAAGAGGAAAUAAUACACCCUACCCAAAGAGAAAAUCUAAAGCAGCCACUGACAUCAGAUGUGGAAAAGAAAACUGAAAAGUCAAAGAAGAGUAAGAAGAAACCAAAAGGAGAUGCUAGAACUGUUCAGGAUCAAUUACGUGUUGAUGGAAAAGAAGUUGAUGAAGGAGCUUGGGAAACAAAAAUCAGUAACAGAGAGAAACGCCAGCAGCGUAAACGUGACAAGGUACUGACUGAUGCUGGGUCAGAAUCAAAUAUAUCCACUACGGAAAAUUCAGUUUUAGUAUCCACUGAACAACUAACAUCUGCAACAUCCUUUUCAGUUGGUCCCAGAAAGAACAAAGGCGAUCCAAUUUUGAGUGUUCAAGUUGGUAACUCUAAAUCUGGAAAAGGGGAUGGUACACUCCAGCCAGGUUCUUCAGGUCUGAGUGAAGGCCCCACAGUAAAUGGAAGUAACUGGAAUGAAAAGCCUGUAAAGCUUUCUCCUCAGAUCAGUACAGCCGAAGAGAAAUGGACUCCAGUAUCAUCUGCAGGUAGCAAGAGGAAGAAUGAGACAUCAGCUUGGGGAAAAGAUGCUGGAGAUAAUGGAAAUGGAAAGGACUGGGGAGUGUCCCUGGUGGGCAGAACCUGGGGUGAGCGCACUUUGUUCCCUGGUAUUGCAGCAUGGUCUGGAGUGGAUGGAAGAAUUAAUACUCCUGAACAGAGUUCUGCUUCAUUUUCUUCCUUGGGACUAAAUCCUACAGUUCCUGGAUCCAGCACUGAAUCUGUUGCUCAGGCUGGUACUUCAGACUUCCAGUGGGAUUUAAAUCGUAAUCAAGCACCCAUUGAUGAUGAAUGGUCUGGGUUGAAUGGGCUUUCUUCUACUGAUCCUAGUUCUGAUUGGAAUGCCCCAGCAGAGGAAUGGGGAAACUGGGUGGAAGAAGAAAAGGCUCCUUCUGUUCCACAGGUUGAAGAAACAUUAUCUGAGGCUCAAAAGGUUUCGGAUGAUGAGAAAGAAAAGGCAGAACCAACUCUGCAAAAUACUGCAAGUGGUAAAUCAAAAAAGAAAAAGAAGAAAAAGAAAAAGCAAGGAGAAGAGGCUAGCUCUCCUCUACAGGAUGCUGACGACCUGGAUAAACAAGCUGGAGAAGAAUUUCCAGAAGAUACCUCAAAAUUUCAACCAGAAGAGAUAGCUUUCUCAUUAAAGACCAUCAGUACUAGUGAACAAGCUGAGCCUGAGAUGUCCUCAUUUGCUGUUUCUACUGAGCCAUCUGUAACUGUAUCAGAGAGUGAAUCUGACAAGAUACCUUCCCAAGUGCCACAGAUGCUUCAAGACACAGAACUUCCUGUUUCUAGUGUUAAGCAAAACAGUGUGCCUCUGCCACAGACCAAGUCAGAAGAAAGCUGGGAAUCCCCGAAACAAAUCAAAAAGAAGAAAAAAGCUAGAAGGGAAACGUGAAUUUUUUUUUUAAAUGGACAUGUGCUGCAGAAACACUUGUUGUGAAGAUUAUGCUGUUUAUGCAAUAAUUUGUGAACCUGUACAGAAUUUUAUAUAAAUUUCAACAGAUUUUUUUUAAAGAACAAACUGCUUUGAACACAACCAUCUUUAAAAACAAGAACAGAAGGAGAAUAAGUUGGUGACCUAAUUUAACAGGACAUAUAACAAUACUGGAAGAUGAAUUGAAGAGUCUGUAUUUUCAAACUAUGGGGAAACUAAUUUUUAGAAAUUCUUGGCUUUACAGCAUAUUAUCUAUUUCAUGUCACUGGACAGAAAAGAUUGAUAUAAACAUUCCCAAUCAUCUUUACAACUGAUGUAUCACUCUGAGUGACAUUGAUUAUGAAUUUGUUUAAUACCCAAAUCAAAGAAGUCUGGUUAAAUAAUCUGCCAUAUCUUUCUAAUAGAGUAUGUGAACUAUACAGUUAUGAGUAAAGGGAGAGGCUGGAGCUCCAGAAGCAUUUACUUAGAUAUCGUCCCCAAACUUGAGUGGUAGUCUGCUUCAGAAUAAGUGUGCACAAGAAUUAUCGCUACAAUAAUUUCAGUAAAAUUACUUUAGUUUAAAAAUGUGGCUUAGAUGCAGAACUGUUAUUGAUGAAGUGAGAUAAUGGAUCAUAAUUUCAGCAUGGGUCAUGAAGUAGCCUCUGGUAGUCUUCUACUUGAAUUGCUCAGAUAAUAUAUUUUUAAGAAGAUGGGCAGUAUGCUCAAGAUCAACCUCGUUUUUUUUAAGGUAGUAUGUUAGCUGUUGUCCUUUAAGGUUUAUUCCCUAUAAUUUUGAGUCUGUUUUGUUUCUUCUCUGCUACCCACUUCUUUUUUAAAUUAUAUGUCUCUAAUCUUUUUUUAAAAACUUUCCAUAAACUCUUCAGAAAUGUGGUGGAGAAAGGACGAGGGGAAAUAAUAGCUUCAAACAGCUUUAAUUGAUGUUGAGACCACCUGUAUCAGGAAGUGCUUUUUUUACUGCCUUAACCUAUGUAGAAUCUGCAUCUAGUAUUCUUAAAUAGGAUUAAGUGUUGUUGGUGGUAUUUGGGUUGUUUUUUUUUUUAAAUCAUGCAAGUAUAGCAAUUGUGAAACAACUUUCCUCUUGAGAUUACUGAUUAAAAUGGGAGUUGAGCUGCAUCAUUUUCAGGCACUGUAAGUACAUCACAUCAAGCAAGCAGGUAUCUAUCAAAGAAUAGUGCAUGCUCAACCAUGUACACUGUAUAUAGCUUUUACAAAUGUCUCUGUGUUUAAAGGACCAUAAUUAACAUAACAUGGUGAACAUCUAUUAAAAAAGCCAUGAUUUUUUGAUGUGAUUGGCUUAGGGGUUUUUUUCUUGUGGUAGGAAAAUUGUAACAGCUGUAACCAAUGGUACUUAUUGACUCUCCCAUAAUGUGUCAUUGUAUACAUCUGAAAUUUUGGUAAAAUUAACUUGCAAUGCAAGAACAAUUAAAGCAGCAAACUGAAUUUAGUUGUAUUGAAAACAAGCCUUAUUAAUUGAUAGUGUUCCUAAUGAAUACUAAUGUGCACAGGUAUUAAUUCCUGUUUCAGGAACAUGGAAGAUGUUUACAUGUUCAGAUGUUUUGUUUAAUUCAGUGACAUUUCUAAAUCAAUUUUGUUAAAAUAAAUUGAGCAAAUUGA